AUGUCAUCCCUUCGCGGCCGGGCCAUCUCUCCCAUCGGAGAUGAUACACAUGAAAUAUUGAAGGGAGUCGUUAGUCCAGCUCAGCUAAACCUUGAACGUGUCAUCCAACAGAACCAGCAAAGGCAACAGCAGCAGAACAACGCGUCGGGGUCGUCGGAUCAGCAGAGCUCAGGCUCGCCGGCAAAGGGGAAGCCGAGACUGCUUCUGAUGGGUCAGAGAAGGAGUGGUAAAUCGUCGAUUUCGAGUGUCGUGUUCCACAAGUUACCGCCGAAUGAAACCCUAUUUCUCGAGUCAACCGCCCGAAUCCAAAAGGACUCGAUGGCAUCUUUCAUGGACUUCCAGGUCUGGGACUUCCCUGGUCAAAUCGACAUAUUUGAAAAUCCUACGUUCGACGUUGAUGCCAUGUUUGGGGAGAUCGGCGCGUUGAUCUGGGUCAUCGAUGCGCAAGACGACUAUCUUGAGGCGGUAGCACGACUGAACAUGACGAUUUUGAACUUACAAAGGUCCUACCCGAACAUCAAGAUCGAGGUGUUCAUUCACAAGGUCGACGGGCUGUCGGACGACUACAAGCUGGACAUACAGCGGGAUAUCACGAUACGCAUACAGGAUGAGCUAUCGGACUAUGGUUUUGAGAACGCGCCAGUCACGUUCCACCUAACGAGCAUUUACAACCACAGUAUCUUCGAGGCUUUCAGCAAGGUCAUACAAAAGCUCAUUCCACGACUCGGCAGUCUCGAGGCAAUGCUUACGAAUCUUUGUCGAACCUGCCGAUUCGAGAAAGCGUACCUCUUUGAUGUCUUGACCAAGAUUUACAUCGCGACGGACAACGCUCCUGCUGAUAUGGCCAGCUAUGAGAUCUGUUCCGACUACAUCGACGUAAUCAUCGACAUCACCGAGGUCUACGGCAGCUGGCCGCGUUCCCGGACCCACCACGAGUCGCUCGAGGGCGCACCGUGGAACCAAAAACUCGAGGACCAGGUGGCAAGCAACUGGGCCGAAAGCUGCAUGGUUCUCAGCGACGGAAACAGACCCAUCAUGUUGCGCGAGGUUGACAAGUAUUUGGCUCUGGUAGCGAUCAUGAAGGAGGAUAGUUAUGACAAGAUGCCCCUCGUCAACAUGAAUGUUGAGACAGUGGUACAGGGCUUGAAAGAAUUCUUCGAAAUCACGAAGCCGAAAUAG